CAAUGGGUGACAAUCCAAUGGAUAUUUUUAAGGAUGAUAUGGAAAAUGAGGAAGUGUAUCUAAAGGUCAAUGCGAUGCAUAGAGUUAGAGUUAUCGCAACACUUUUAGGGACAGAUAAAAUAAAGUCUGUUCUUUUGCCAUAUUUUGAAAGUAACUAUAACAUAAUAAAUUUGCAGCAUUAAUGAAAAAGGAAGAUGAUGAAGUCUUAUUUGCUAUGGCAGAAGAGCUAGGCUACAUUGCGUAUUUGAAUAGGUUUAUUUAGUCAAAUAAUUCCAUAAUAAUCGAUAUGCUUAUUGCCUAUUUUGGAGCAAUUGGCUGGAUUUGAUGAGACUGUUGUAAGAGAAUAAGCUGUUAAAUCAAUUAUUAUUGUGUGUGGUUUUUUGGGAGACAAUGAAAUUUCUAACACAAUAGUCCCAUUGGUAAAAUGUUUAAUGGAUUCGUAGAUCUUAAAACUAGCAUCAAACGAAGCCAAUUUCACAUGUAGAGUGUCUGCUGUUAGCUUAAUGUGUCCCAUGUAUGCUAGAGCUGGAAAUUAGAAAGAAAAACUUAGAUAGUACUUAAUGUAAACUUACCUUUUAGAAAAUUCACUGAGUUAUGCAGUGAAGAAACGCCAAUGGUUCGAAGAGCAGUGGCAACGAAAAUAGGUGAAAUUGCAUAAUACAUGGAUAAAAAUCAUGUUAUUGAAGUUUUGAUAACUGUUUUGAAAUAAUUAUGCUAAGAUGAAUAAGAUUAAGUUAGAUUAUUGUGUAUGGAAAGCAUAAUGAACAUUGCUAACAUCCUUAAUAUCAAUGAAAAUAAAACAAACAUAUUACCACUGAUCAUAUCUUCAGCAGAAGAUAAAUCUUGGAGAGUAAGAUUGGCAUUGUCAAAGAUAUUUGCAGAAGUACGUUAUUAUCUAAAAAUAUUAAGUUAGCUGAAGCUGUGGGUAAGGAGAUUGCAGACUCUUCAUUAAUAUAGAUCUUCUCUAACUUAUUAAAAGAUCCUGAGAGUGAUGUUAGAGUGGUAGCUGUGAAAAGUUUGGCUAAAUUUAUUAAAUUUGUAUCUCCAGAGAAACUAAAUCUUAUAAUUCCAUUAUUAUAAUUAUUAGCUAAGGAUGCAUUUGCAUAAGUGAAAUGUAAAUACUUAUUGAUAAUUAUCAGAAAAUGCUUGUUUAGUUAUUGGAUAGAUUGCUACUAUUUUACCUCGAGAUAAUAGUUAAAGCAAAUUGCAAUCCUACCUAAUUGAAUUAAUGAGUGAUGACAAUUAAGAUGUAAGAAAGAAUGCAGCAUAAUCAGUUGGGGUGUUUGCAGCUGCACUUGGUUCUGAUGCUUUAGUGUAAUUCAUUCCUCAUUUUAAAAAAUGCAUGGAGGAUCCUAAAUGGAGAGUCAGAAAGGAAAUCAUGUAAACAGUCAUUCAACUUGCUUUGUAUUUCUGAUUUAUCAUCUUAGAACAAUUAAGAAUUCAGACGUAUUCAUAAAGUAAUUAGAACCAGUCUAUGCUAUGUUUUUGAAGGACAGAGCAGCUGAAGUUAGAACUUUAGGGUUGAGCAGAUUGAAUGAUCUAAUCUAAACCUACAAAAUCGAUUGGGCAUUGGGAAGCUUUUUAUCUAAAUGCUUGGAGACUUUUAAUAAGGAUACUGGUUUCUUGUACAGGAUGAAUGCCUUAUAUGCUAUUUAACAAAUUGGCCUAGUGGCCGAUGGGCCUACGAUUAUAGAUAAGUUAUGGCCAAUCGUAUAGAAGUGCAUGAAAGACAUCGUCCCCAAUAUUAGAUUUGUUAGUAUAAAGGUGGCAAAGUCAUUAUCAAAAAGGAUUGACCAUCAAGGCACUCUGAAUCAAAUAAAAUAGUAUAGAUUUAACAGUAAUGUAGAGCAAUAAAUGAACUGACAGAUGACAAUGACAGAGACGUUAAAUUUUAUGCUUAGGAAGCUUUACAAUAUUGA